AGAGAGAGAAGAUAUUGACCUCUCAAAAUGGAGUCUUCUUUCCCGUUUGGCAUGGGGGCAGUACGUUGUAAACCGCUUUCUGGUUGCUCUUCUAGACACAGAAACAGAGGAAGAGCUAGAAGGAGAAACAUAUCCCAACAAACUCAUUCCUUCUUCUCCCUCUCCCUCUCCCUCUUCAUCUAAACCUAUAUAUUAUAUUCAGAUGCCAUAAUCAUCCAUCCUCGUUCUUCUCCUUUCGCUUUUGCGAAUGGCGAUUCUUCUCUCUCUCCACAGUACUUCUCUGCCGCCUGCCGAUCUCUGUGUUCCUUCUUUACUAUAAUAAAACCCUUCUCUUUUUUGAAUCGCUAUGCGUUGGUUAUCUUCCCUUUCCUUGUCCCAUUCUCAUGGUCUCAAAUCCUCCUCUACCUCUUCUUCUUUUUCCACCUCCGACGUUGACCACCCUAAGAAGAAGUCUGCAGAUGCCAGUCGGGGUUUGGGUGGCGUUUGGCCUUUCGGUAUCGGCAAAAAGGCUAGCCGCCCCAAGACGCUCCGGCCUAUAGGUGAUAGUGAUGGCAGGUCCCCUCCCAGGUGGCAUGAUUCCGAUGAUGACGUUCUUGUGCCCUUGGCUCAUUCCACGACCCCCUCUGAUCGUCAAUUUAGUCGUUCCAAUACAACGUCCUUUCUUCCUCCUCCGUCGCACCUCAACCCUUGCCCUUGCCGGACGCGGCGCUCUCUCGCCACAUAGACGCUGAUUGCCCUUUACCUUUCCCGAAAGAUGUGGCCGGACCCAACAGCGCUGCGAAAGGGCUACCAGAUCGCGAUCGAGCUGAUGGCGUGAUGGGCGGGGUCUCCUCUGUUUUUCGAAUUCAGAGUGUGUUUGCUAGCCCGGGCGUAAAAAAGAAUAAGGCGCAAGCGGAAAUGGGGUCAUCUGUGAUGAUGCGUCAGGAUCUAAGUGGUAGCGAAAGUAAUCAAGUUAACUUCCGCAUUGAAGUCCCAACUUGGAGUGCUCCAGUUAGUCCUUUGAACAGUCCCUUGGUGAGCCCGAACAAUGGAAGACAUAGUGAUUUCGUUCAAUAUUGUUACGUGUGUCCCCCGCCAAGUCAAUAUUGGUCGGCACCAGAGAUGGUCACGUCUGAUGCAUCAUCAGGGACGACGCAUCCUGCAUUAUUUGAUUUAACUGCAUUAUCUACUGAUACUUCUCCUCAUCACAGUCCACGAGGUAGAAGUCCUAACCAAAAUCUCAGGAGCCGAAGUGGAGCUUCCUCGCCAAUACGUCCCAGGUUAUCUCUCGAGACCUCAGUAGCACGUCGCGACUUCAAUGCCCCCUCUCUCAACGUUCACCCCUUACCAUUGCCUCCUGGGGCACCCUUGCUUUCCCCAUCCCCUAAAUUCUCCCCCACUGUGCCUAAGUUAGAGUCCUCCUCGAUGAAAAGCCAAUGGCAGAAAGGGAAACUAAUUGGGCGUGGUACGUUUGGAAGUGUUUAUGUGGCUACCAACAGAGAAACUGGAGCAUUAUGUGCGAUGAAGGAAGUAGAAAUAUUUCCCGAUGACCCCAAAUCCGCCGAGUGUAUUAAACAGUUAGAGCAGGAAAUCAAAGUUCUUAGCCAGCUGAAGCAUACAAACAUUGUGCAGUAUUAUGGCAGUGAAUCGUUGAAGACCGGUUUUAUAUUUAUCUGA